AUGGAUCUGGAUCAUAGCGAAGACAACGUUGAUAUAACAGAGUAUUUCGAAGAAUCUUAUAAUAAGGACGUUAGUGACAUAGCUAACAAUAUAGAGUCAUUAUCUUUGAAAAAAGGUGACUCGUUUGAUGACUUUGAUAAAGCUGAAGUUUACAUACAUACAGCAGAAAGUGGCAAGGAAGUUCGUAAACGAACAAUUCUCCGUAAACAUUCAGGUCUAUUUAAACCAAAAAAUGCUGAGAAGCCAAAUAAUUCAGCUCAAAUACAAUGCCAGUGGCAUGUUAAUCUUUCACGUCCUUCAAAGAGUAAUGAUGAUUUCCGCGUAUUUGUCACCACUCUAAAUGAUAAUCAUAACCAUGAUUUAUCACCUGAAGCGAUUCAGUUUGAAAAAGAUAAACAGUUUACAGAAGAAAUGCGAGAAGAAAUUAACUUUCUUGUCACUAAAUGUCGUCUUGGAGCAACUAUGUUACGUCGUAUCUUAAAAGAAAAGUUUACUUCUCACCCUAUAUUUGCUAAGGAUCUUUAUGUUGAGAUACAGCGAUGUCCUCGUGUGUUUGUGACUGAUGGCGAUCCAGCCAUGGAACGCGCAGUAAUUUUAGAGUAUCAAGAGACGCAACAUCUCUUUUGCAUUUGGCAUAUCAAGGAAAACAUCAAAAAAAUGUUACGAAAGAAGCUGGGAGAUCAAUUUGAUAAUUUUUAUUGCAAGUUUUGGCAAUGCCGAAAUGCAGAUACUCCACAAAUCUUCGAAUACCAUUGGAACCAGCUUAUAGGCUUUUCUGAUGCAAAAUUGUAUCUUGAGCAUCAACUCUAUAAUAGACACUUUUCAUGGGCAUGUGCAUUUACUGCCAUGAUAUUCACACUCGGCAUUCAAACUACAUCAUUUGUUGAAAGUCAGAAUGCAUGCAUCAAGCGAGUAUUAGAGAAUAGCAAUACAUCACUAUGUGAAUUAGGUAAAGUAUUAAUGGAACGUAGCAAAGAGGAACAAAAAAGAAAGCAAUUUGAGGAAUGGAAAAGAGGUGUUCCUUCUACGACAAAUGCAACUACUAUUUUUCCUUCUAUUGAAUCUUUAGCUAAACGUUACCUGAGACCAAAUGUUGCAAACUUUUUAGUUGAACAAAUGAAGGAAAGCUUAUAUUACACUGCUAGUUGUGCUACAGUUGAAGAAAUUGAAUCACUUACCUCUUACGAACCUUCACAAAGCGAAGAUAUAGAUGACGAGCCUGAUGCUAUUGUUUUGUGUGCUAUAUAUCUUUUAAAACGUUUAGAACGAACCUCGAUUGUAGAGAUUUGGAAAAUUUCAAGGGUUACAAGUCAAGGAGUUAACCAUUUUAUAUUUCUUCUUUCAGAUGGCUC